UAUGGUCAUUGUUGGAGGUCAAUGUGGUGGAGUAUGGUCAUUGUUGGAGGGCAGUGUCGCGGAGUAUGGUCAUUGUUGGAGGUCAAUGUGGUGGAGUAUGGUCAUUUUUGGAGGUCAGUGUGGUGGAGUAUGGUCAUUGUUAGAGGUCAGUGUGGUGGAGUAUGGUCAUUGUUAGAGGUCAGUGUGGUGGAGUAUGGUCAUUGUUGGAGGUCAGUGUGGCGGAGCAUCGUCAUUGUUGGAAGUCAGUGUGGUGGAGCAUCGUCAUUGUUGGAGGGCAGUGUGGCGGAGUAUGGUCAUUGUUGGAGGGCAGUGUGGCGGAGUAUGGUCAUUGUUGGAGGGCAGUGUGGCGGAGUAUGGUCAUUGUUGGAGGUCAAUGUGGUGGAGUAUGGUCAUUGUUGGAGGUCAGUGUGGUGGAGCAUCGUCACUGUUGGAAGUCAGUGUGGUGGAGCAUCGUCAUUGUUGGAGGUCAGUGUGGUGGAACAUCGUCAUUGUUGGAGAGUGUGGUGGAGUAUGGUCAUUGUUGGAGGUCAUUGUGGUGGAACAUCGUCAUUGUUGGAGGUCAGUGUGGUGGAGUAUGGUCAUUGUUGGAGGUCAUUGUGGUGGAGUAUGGUCAUUGUUGGAGGUCAUUGUGGUGGAGUAUGGUCAUUGUUGGAGGUCAUUGUGGUGGAACAUCGUCAUUGUUGGAGGUCAUUGUGGUGGAGCAUCGUCAUUGUUGGAGGUCAUUGUGGUGGAGCAUCGUCAUUGUUGGAGGUCAUUGUGGUGGAACAUCGUCAUUGUUGGAGGUCAUUGUGGUGGAGUAUGGUCAUUGUUGGAGGUCAUUGUGGUGGAGCAUCGUCAUUGUUGGAGGUCAGUGUGGCGGAGUAUGGUCAUUGUUGGAGGUCAUUGUGGUGGAACAUCGUCAUUGUUGGAGGUCAGUGUGGUGGAGUAUGGUCAUUGUUGGAGGUCAGUGUGGUGGAGUAUGGUCAUUGUUGGAGGUCAGUGUGGUGGAACAUCGUCAUUGUUGGAGGUCAGUGUGGUGGAGUAUGGUCAUUGUUGGAGGUCAUUGUGGUGGAACAUCGUCAUUGUUGGAGGUCAGUGUGGUGGAACAUCGUCAUUGUUGGAGGUCAGUGUGGUGGAGUAUGGUCAUUGUUGGAGGUCAUUGUGGUGGAACAUCGUCAUUGUUGGAGGUCAGUGUGGUGAAACAUCGUCAUUGUUGGAGGUCAGUGUGGCGGAACAUCGUCAUUGUUGGAGGUCAGUGUGGUGGAGUAUGGUCAUUGUUGGAGGUCAUUGUGGUGGAGCAUCGUCAUUGUUGGAGGUCAGUGUGGUGGAGUAUGGUCAUUGUUGGAGGUCAGUGUGGUGGAACAUCGUCAUUGUUGGAGGUCAGUGUGGUGGAGCAUCGUCAUUGUUGGAGGUCAGUGUGGUGGAGUAUGGUCAUUGUUGGAGGUCAUUGUGGUGGAGUAUGGUCAUUGUUGGAGGUCAUUGUGGUGGAACAUCGUCAUUGUUGGAGGUCAGUGUGGUGGAACAUCGUCAUUGUUGGAGGUCAGUGUGGCGAAACAUCGUUAUUGUUGGAGGUCAGUGUGGCGAAACAUCGUCAUUGUUGGAGGUCAGUGUGGCGAAACAUCGUCAUUGUUGGAGGUCAGUGUGGUGGAACAUCGUCAUUGUUGGAGGUCAGUGUGGCGGAACAUUGUCAUUAUUGGAGGGUAGGUUGGCAGGCAUCAUUCCUUCUAUAGUUUUUUUUUACAGCUGUGCAGACCAACAAUUGGUCUGACAGGAAAUUUUUUACACAGCCUGAAAACUGCUGUACUUUAAUAACUAAUUACUGUAUAUCAGAGAAAAUUUUAGCUGCAAGGCAACCAGCACUAUCUAUGUGGAAACACUUCAGUUACUGUGAGACUGCACUCACUCAUCUUUGUGGUAACAGUGGUUGGAGGGCAGUGUAGUGGAGUGUCUUCAUUUUUGGAGGGUGGUGUGCUAAAGAGCAAUGCACACAAUGUGCUAGGGGAGCUCAGCAGGUCAGGCAGCAUCUAUGGAAGGAAAGAUUGUGAUGAAGGCUCUUGGCCCAAAAGGUUGACUGUUUAUUCCCAUCCAUAGAUGCUCCCUAGCCUGCUGAGGUCCUCCAGCACAUUGUGUGUAUUGCUUUAGAUUACCUGCACCUGCUUGUGUCUGUGAGUUCUAAAGGGUGUUCGUUGUUGGAGGACAGUGUGGUACAGGGUCUUUAUUUUGCAGAUGUUAAGCAUAUGAAGCAUCAGUGACCAGGAGAAUGCUGAUUCAGGACUUGGUCAACAUGCAUAAGCAAGCACAAGCUUUGUUGGCUUACUCCAGCCUUACUACUGAGUGACUUUAAUCCUGAAGUGUUGUCACCUUAGGUGAACAGUUUUCUAUUAAUUCUGAAAAUUAUGUACACUCCUGCAAGUAUUUUGUUGGAAUUGAGAUAUCAGAGCCAGAAUCAGGUUUAUUAUCACUGACACAUGAAAGAAUUGUUGAGGCACUGAUGCAACUUUGGUUGACACAGGUCUUCACUGAGAUUUGUGAAGAUGUGUUCACUGAGUUCUGUGGAAAUCGGUUAGUUAGCAUCAUAUUUUGCUUGACUUCAUGGAACAAUUAUGAAAAGGAAAUGAAUUUUCUUGACGGCUACAUCUGAGGAGUGUGUUCUAUACUUACUGUGGGGUGGUUGAGAAAGUUAUUGAAUAUGAGAGUGCUCAUAUAAUAUGAUGAAUUGUGUCUUCAUUUUACUUGGAGUUGUUGCAAGCUGAAGACUAGUCCAUCAUUCUUCUGGAAUCCACGGUGCAUUCCAGGAAGCAGCUGGUAAAUAAAAUCCCUGGUAUUAACGUUUCCUGUGGCAAAGAGCAGGGAGAUCUCCCUGAAGUUAGUACAUUUGGACAUCUUCUUUUUAUGACUUUGUUCAAUGAUACUGCAUGCUGUUUUGUUGCAAGGCAAAAUUGAUGUGGGUCUAGUAUUUAACUGUUAAAAGUGGGAUCUAAAUUCAUCUUUCCAAUUGUACUGGUUUAACACAAAUUGUAUACUAUUAGCUUAAAGGACAAUGAAAAGGAUUGGAGUGAAGGAGAAUGAGAAGUGACGUGAUAGAGGUGUACAAGAUGAUAAGAGGCAUAGGUAGAGUGCAUAGCCAGAGAUAUUUUCUCAGGGUGGAAAUGACUAAUAUGAAGGAGCAUAAUUUUAAUGUUAUUGGAGAAAAGUGUAGGGGGGGACGUCAGAGGUAGAUUUUUUUCCACACAGAGAGGUGGGUGUGUAGAGCCCCUUGCCAGGGGUGAUGAUAGAGGCAGAUCAAUUAGGGAUAUUUAAGAAACAAUUACCAGUUAGAUAGGUGUGUAGUUGAAAGAAAAGUAGUGGGUUCCAUGGGUGGGAAGUGUUAAAUUGUUCAUAGAGUAGGUUAGUAAGCUGGCAGUACUGUGCAGUACAGUACUAUGUUCCAAUGCGGUUCUGUAAUUGUACAAGAAAUGCAUAAAUGAUAGUUAAACCCUAAUAUUACAUCACAGAGUUUUUCAACCACGGAGUA